CGCUCGCCCGCCCCGGGGCCCCCUUGUUCUCCGCGCCGCCGCCGCCGCCAUGUUGGGUUUAGAGCCGCAGCGGAGCCGCCGCCGCCGCCGCGGGUGAGGGAGGCCGAGAGCGGAGCCCGCCCCGCCCCGGGGCCCAGGGAGCGGGGCCGCCUCGGAGCCCGGCCUCUCCCCGCCAGCCGCCUUCCCGGCCCGCCGUGCGAGCCCGCCCGCGAGCGAGCUAGCAAGCUCCGGGCCCCGGCUGCACCUUCCGCUCCCUGCGCGAGCGAGCGAGCGAGCCCGCCGCCGCGGGGCUCGGCCACUGCCUGCGGCGGAGCCCACGAGCGUCAGCGCCAUGGCGGAGCAGACCUACUCGUGGGCCUAUUCCCUGGUGGAUUCCAGUCAAGUGUCUACGUUUCUGAUAUCCAUUCUUCUUAUAGUCUAUGGUAGUUUCAGGUCCCUUAAUAUGGACUUUGAAAAUCAAGAUAAGGAGAAAGACAAUAACAGUUCUUCUGGGUCUUUCAAUGGCAACAGCACCAAUAAUAGUAUCCAAACAAUUGACUCUACCCAGGCUCUGUUUCUUCCAAUUGGAGCAUCCGUCUCUCUCCUAGUAAUGUUCUUCUUCUUUGACUCAGUUCAAGUAGUUUUUACAAUAUGUACAGCAGUUCUUGCAACGAUAGCUUUUGCUUUUCUUCUUCUCCCGAUGUGCCAGUAUUUAACAAGACCCUGUUCACCUCAAAACAAGAUUUCCUUUGGUUGCUGCGGGCGUUUCACUGCUGCUGAGUUACUGUCCUUCUCUUUGUCUGUCAUGCUUGUCCUCAUCUGGGUUCUCACUGGCCACUGGCUUCUCAUGGAUGCUCUGGCCAUGGGUCUCUGUGUCGCCAUGAUCGCCUUUGUUCGGCUGCCUAGCCUCAAGGUUUCCUGCCUGCUCCUCUCAGGGCUUCUCAUCUACGAUGUCUUUUGGGUAUUUUUCUCAGCCUACAUCUUCAAUAGCAACGUCAUGGUGAAGGUGGCCACACAGCCGGCCGACAACCCCCUUGACGUUCUAUCCCGGAAGCUCCACCUGGGGCCAAAUGUUGGGCGUGAUGUUCCUCGCCUGUCUCUGCCUGGAAAAUUGGUCUUCCCAAGCUCCACGGGCAGUCACUUCUCUAUGUUGGGCAUUGGAGACAUUGUGAUGCCCGGUCUGCUGUUGUGCUUUGUCCUUCGCUAUGACAACUAUAAAAAACAAGCCAGCGGUGACUCCUGUGGUGCCUCUGGACCCGCCAACAUCUCUGGGCGCAUGCAGAAGGUCUCCUACUUCCACUGCACCCUCAUUGGAUACUUUGUAGGUCUGCUCACUGCUACUGUGGCGUCUCGCAUCCACCGAGCUGCCCAGCCCGCCCUCCUUUACCUGGUGCCAUUUACCUUAUUGCCACUCCUCACCAUGGCCUAUUUAAAGGGUGACCUACGGCGGAUGUGGUCUGAGCCGUUCCACUCCAAGUCCAGCAGCUCCCGGUUCCUGGAAGUAUGAUGGAUCCCACGGGAAGUGACCAGGAUGUCCGGUGUCGUCCUUUUCUCUCACCGCGUGGUUUUGUUUCCUCUUCUUAGAGCUGGCCUGGUACUCAGAAGUCACCUGUUUAAGGAACAGGCAUGUGACUGGAAUCUGCACCUGAGGAAGCCGGUUGGCAGGGAAGGGUGCUGGCCCUGCUGGUCCUCCUGCAGUGGUAGGGUGGAGCCUUUCAGAGUGAUAGGCCCUCCCUCCCAUUUUUGGGGAUCUGCACCGGACUGUUACGUGCGGGGAGAUGGAGAUUUGACUAUUUAAAAACUGCAAACGGCAAGGAGUCGUUUUAGAACUUUUUGAACACUAAAAGGAUUAAAAAAAUUUAGCAAACCGAAGUUUCUUCAGUGAACCCUCCAGAACUUUGGGACCAGUUUCCUAUGGGGGACUCAGUUUCAGAGAACUGAGACAGAAGCUCUUCUGUCAUUAUUUUCUUCUUUCCUUUUUUUGGAUUUAUUAAAUAUUUUCUGUGGUGUGAAGUGACUUAUUAAAUCCACAGACAUUGAGUGACUUCUUACAACAUACACAUAAGGAUUUGUUGUAAUGAGUUCAUGUCCACCCAGAUGUCGUGUUGGCGGUGAACAAGGGCACGGUUUUUAUACAUACGUACAUAUAUAUAUAUAUAUAUAUACACAUGCGCACAUAGAUAUAUACAAAUAAACAAAAUUAAAACCUGCUAAGAUCAUGCUGUGUAGCAGACAGGGGCUUGCUGUGAUUUUGAGCAUGUAGAGCAGUUUACUGUGGCUUCCUUGUAUAAGCUGCCGUCUCCCCGUCACAACUGACCCUGCAGUUACCAACCAGGAUAGCAUUCGGACUGACAGACUGUGGGCUUUGGGGGACUCUUAACUUGGUUUGAUCAGUGUAGCAAAUUAGGGAUGAAAAGUUAAAACAAAGUCCUUUUCUUUUUACAGGCUUCUCCCUGCAGGGUUUUUAGUAGUUUCUUCCUGAACCAGUGCAUGUAAUAUAGCAGCAGGUGUCUUUGUGCUUUCUGAUCAUAGUAAUGUACUACCUGUAAAUACAUUUUUCUAUUUUGUA